AUGGUGAUAUUCGAGCCAGCUUGUGAGCACCUCGACUAUUCCACCGGGUACCUGCUACCUCCCACCAGCAUAGGCAUCUUGGACAAAUACAGAGGUGAUGCAGAGGUACAGGAUUUUCAUUUGAAGGAGAGGCAGAGUACAAGAAAGUAUUGGGCUUGUAGAGGGUUACACGGGGUAUCGUUAACAAUGGCUUUCAAGCCAUUGGAUUGGUACUGCCAACCAGUGGCAAAUGGCGUGUGGUCAAAGGCUGUCGAAAAUGCCUUUGGUGCUUAUACCCCAUGCGGAACAAACACUCUGGUUAUCUCUGUUUCUCAUCUAGUCCUUUUAGCCUUGUGCUUAUACCGACUAUGGAAAACGACAAAAGACCUCACAGUCCAAAGGUUUCGCUUGAGGUCAAAUUACUAUAACUACAUGCUGGGUCUGUUAGCUGCUUAUUGCACUGCUGAACCUUUGUUUAGAUUGGUCAUGGGAAUGUCAGCCUUGAAUGUAGAUGGACAACCUGGUCUUUCCCCGUAUGAGAUAAUUUCUUUGACUAUCGAGGCUCUUGCUUGGUGCUCUAUGCUGGUGAUGAUUGUUCUCGAGACGAAGGUAUAUGUCCGUGAGGCCAGGUGGUCUGUUCGGUUUGGAGUAAUAUACAGUUUGGUAGGGGACGUGGUGAUGCUUAAUCUUAUCCUGACUGUGAAAGAGUACUAUAAUGGAUCAGUACUGUAUUUGUACAUCAGUGAGGUUGCUGUCCAGGUAUUGUUUGGAUUGUUGCUGCUGUUUUAUAUUCCUAACAUGGAUCCUUAUCCCGGCUACUCCCCACUUCGAAGUGAAUCUUUCGACAACACUACAUAUGAAGAACUUCCUGAAGCAGAGCAGAUUUGUCCGGAGAGGCAUGCCAACAUAUUUGCCAAAAUUACUUUUUCAUGGAUGAAUCCUCUUAUGCAACUUGGUUAUAAAAGACCAUUGACAGAAAAGGAUGUGUGGAAACUGGAUACUUGGGAUCGCACUGAAACUCUGAACAACUCGUUUCAAAAGAGUUGGGCAGAGGAGGCUCAAAGACCUAAACCAUGGCUUUUAAGAGCUUUAAACCGUAGUCUUGGUGGAAGGUUUUGGUGGGGAGGCUUCUGGAAGAUUGGAAAUGAUGCUUCCCAGUUCAUUGGACCACUUAUUCUAAACCAACUCUUACAGUCUAUGCAACGAGGUGAUCCAGCAUGGAUAGGCUACAUCUAUGCAUUCACGAUUUUUGUUGGAGUGGUGUUUGGAGUUCUCUGUGAAGCUCAGUAUUUUCAGAAUGUCAUGCGUGUUGGAUUUCGCCUCAGAUCUACUUUGGUUGCAGCAGUUUUCCGGAAGUCUUUGAGGUUAACCCAUGAAAGUCGUAAAAAGUUUGCAUCAGGAAAGAUAACCAAUUUGAUGACAACAGAUUCUGAAGCACUUCAGCAAAUAUGUCAGUCACUUCAUACUAUUUGGUCAGCUCCUCUUCGAAUUACCGUUGCAUUGGUUCUUCUUUACCAGCAAUUGGGGGUAGCAGCACUUCUUGGUGCACUUAUGUUGGUUCUUAUGUUUCCAGUACAGGUAAGAAGCUUUUCUCUUCCUCUUCUCACUUUAAAACUUUUAUACAAUUUUCUUGAAUAUAUUUCCAUUUUUUUGUUAUAUACCUGAAUAUGGAAUAUACUG